GAGUGGUGACUGCAGUUCUUCUAAUGUAAAUUUGCAAUAUUUCCUUCUAAAUAAAGGAGGUAUGGAUCUUCACACUGGACAAAGUUCUGCAUAUUCCUCCAAACCUUCUCAGGGCCAGUGGAAGGGGGAAAUCCAAGAAUCUGAGGAGGAACAAGAAGCCAGUGUCACAACACAAAGUAAGGACAUGGAUGUAAAUGUUAAGGUGUGGCAAAGUAAGAAUUCUAAAAGAAGUAAAAGAGUUUAUGAAUGUCCUGUGUGCCAUAAACGAUUUGCUGCUCCAUCCAAACUAAAAAGGCAUCAUCUUAUUCACACAAAUCAAAGGCCCUUUCAGUGUUCCAUAUGCUCCUCUGCCUUCAGAGAACGUUCUCACCUAAAAGUACACUUCAGAACCAUGCACCGAGAUCAAAAUAUGAUUAUAGAGAAUAUACAGCCUCAAAAAAUGAGUGUUGACUGCAAUGAUUCAGAUUUAUAUUUUUCAAUAAGUACUAGUCCUUUAGAGACUGUUGAGAACAAGUCGGAGGUUAUUUUCCAGUGCAACAACAAAUCACUUUGGGGUCUGACGCAUGAAACUGACAUCUUGCUAGAUGGGAAAAAGACAUCUGACAUUGUGCCUUUUGGCAGGGUGAGUGACUGUCCACCCAAAACUGACUCAUCUCUUCGUCAUUGUGCUUCUGAAUCAAGAACUGAGGAAAACUGGGCACAUCAGAUGGGAGAUGUUGAAGAUUGUGCCUUUGUGGACUCAGACACUGGUAAAUGUGUCCCUGAUUCUUCCUUGUCCAGUUCUUGUCAGUAUCAGCAGAAACCUGAUGUUCCCAGACUCCCAGAAGUUGUUGUGGAGCUUGAGGACUUUGAGGAUCCAGAGGAAUGCUUCCCCAAUUCUCCACAUGACCUCCCAGUUUGUCCUGACUGUAGUCAGUGUUUCCCCACGGUAAUGGACUUAUAUGCACAUAAUUGUGCAAACAGAUAUCCUGAAGGAAAAACAAAGAAAUCCCACCAGUGUGACAUUUGCUUCAAAUUCUUCAGUGCACCAUCCAAAUUGAAGAGACACAGGGUUACUCACACCGGUCAGAGGCCGUUCCAGUGCACACAGUGUCAGAAGUCCUUCACACAGCCCCAUCAUUUGAAAAAUCACAUGCUGUCCCACAGGUAGAAGGGUUAGUCAAGGGUUGCCCAAAGAUAUGACCAAGCCAAAAGGGUUUCACUGUAAAUUAGUUGUUCUGUGUAGUUUCUUAAAAUACUGUGAUUUGGCUUUUCAAAUUGAGAAACAGAUUUUGAAACCAGUACUACUGUUAAUAAAAUUUAUGACUUUUUGUUUUUUGUUUAAAUUUUGGAUUUCCUAUUAUAGUGUGAUGUAACCAUAUAUUUGUGUGAUGAAGUUAUAUAUUUUACAAAAUGCAUUGACGUUUGAAAAAACAAGACAGAAAAAAAAAAAAAAAAAAAAAAGCAUUGUCCAUUUCCCAACCUAGAAAGUGGCUGUUUCAUUUUUUUUCUUUCUUUUGUUUUACCAAUAAAGUCAUUUACAGCAAGAAAUAUACAUCAGAUAUCAUUAC